AUGUCUAAGAGUAAACAAGAUACCUAUAACAAACUGUUAGAGGUCGAAAAUAAGAUUGAUCAGUAUCUUCAACACGAAAACACAAAACCCAUCCAAGUUCAACUGUUACACAAGUAUAACGACAUCAAAGACGCUACACAGAUUAUUAUUAACCAGUUAGCCAAUAUCGAAGGGACUUCUGUUUCAGAGAUUCACAAACGUCUGGAGCUGAAAGAUUGA